AUGGCAAAUGCCGACUGCGAGACAGCUUCGGCUACUUACAGGCCCGGCGAAGAGAACGUGCUACACUAUGUUGACACAGAUAUGGAAUUGAGCGACUAUCCGGAUGACCUUUCUGAGUGUUCACUUUCAAAGUACGACGUACCGGCGGAACGAUACACACAGACCAUCCAGGAUUUUCAGGUGGAAGAACACUUACAGUCAGAGAAGGAUACGCAGGUGGAAUUACAUACGCAGGUGGAGCAGAGCCUGCAGCCGGAGCAACAUAUGCAAGCAGAACAGGAUGUACCAAAGGGGCAACAUACACAGUCUGGCCAAGACACACAGACUUCACAUCUAGAGCAAGGCACACAGGUUGAAAAACGCACUGGCCCGUUCCACCAGGUAUCCGCGCAUUCGACAGAGUCUGUUACCGUACCAGGGUACGAAGACUCGCUGCUGCAAAGGCGAAGCUUCCCGACCCCUCCGGUAAGCCAGAAGUCAGGCGAAGAAGAUCAACUGCUAGAGUCACCCAUUUCGACCACGCUACAGGCAGCAGCAGCUUCGAGCCCACCGAGCUUGUACUCGCCUACCUCAAUCAACGGAAGCCCCAGUCGAAAUCUACCAACCCCCAAGAACACCAGGCAUACGCGAGCCACCCAAAAGCCUAAGCAGCCCAACACCCCAACUUCACCGACCCUUACCGUUGUAAUACCGCCGGAAAAACCUCGAAGAAGCAUGCGAAUCAAGUGUGCUCCCGCUACAUUCGCUGGCAUGGGAUCUCAAAGUCCUUCGCCUGACCCUUCUGCUGAACAUGCACCGAAACCUUUUGAUAGGGUCGUGAUCUUGAAGCUGAGACACGAACUCCUGGAACAGGUUGGAAAGCCGAAGAUGGCAACUUUGAAAGAAUCGACCACCUUAAAACCUGUCAAGCGCAAGCGUGCGCCGCAGCCAAAGACUUCACCAAAAAAGAAGAGCAGGGAGUCAAAAGAAGAGGAUCCGAAUGUUCAGAGUCCGAAUGCACAAGCUCCCAAUACCGCGGCUUCCCCAGCGUACGAUAGCCCCUUCCAUCUUGAGCCUGCAGAGGCGCCGCUGGAUUCGCUAGUUACCGUGAAUCUUGGAGCCUCCGAGGAGCUUUGGUCAAUUGGUCGGCAACUAAUGGAGAAUGCUCAGCCGCCUGUGGAACUGGAACAAACUGAAGGAGCAGAACAACAGGUGCCCAAGCCAGAGGCCCAUAGUCAACCUCCAGUAUGGUCCCAGACCCGUUUCGCACUGUGCGAGUCGAUCCCUAACUGCCUGAUGUAUCAAGGUGGUUCCUAUACAUACCGUCAACUUGCCUACGCAUAUCUAUACGCUGGGAAUGCUCUCUCGCGUGACUAUGUAGAUGGAGAUAUUAUCAUCGCGCGGGCACCUGGCGGAAUGACGAAGGAUCAGAAGACUGGACGAAUGGUGUUAGCCAAGGACCAACCCGAAAACUCAGAGACGGAAGCCUUCAGGAACGCCAUGAAGGCCGAAAACCCGAUAAUCGUUAUCACGAAAGACAACAACACGCUCAUACCUUCAAAGAUGCCACACCCCUACAAUGUGCUUGGCCUUUUCAAAGCUACACACAUAUGGUGGGAGAGGCAGAGGCAGAUCCUGGGCAGCAGAAAGGCCCACAGGUGCGCCCGGUUUCGUUUCGAGAGGCUGAACCCAAACAUCGUGAAAGCAUGGUAUGAACCACAUGACCGGGAAGAUUCUGUGCCUCUUGGUUCGCUCGGUCGCCCGGAGGUCGCCUGGUGCAUCUCAUGCCGACAACCAUCCUUACAGGUCUACCUCAAUGGUUGGAUAUGCCUUCAGCGGGACUGUCCAGCAUUUUGGAAGCUUUCCACGCGUUCAGGUCAGCUCUGUGAAGUAGACGAAGACACUCUUGUCUAUGAUCCUCGCUUUGUAAAGCAAAAAACAUCUUGGCAGAAUGAGCAUCUGCAAUAUCCAUUGGAGCAUAAACCUAUUCAGAUAUCCAAGUACACAAAGCCUGAAGAUCUCUACUCGAUCAGCGGAUGGAAAGGCGUUGUGUGUCCCAAAUGUCGCGGUUGCGUUAUGCGCUUAAACUUUUCCGGUUGGUUUUGCAAGACUCCUAAAUGCGGAUGGCAUCGCCUCGCGCCCAAACAGAUCAUGUCAUCAUACUCGAUCCUCGAUCCAAUUCCCUCUUUCCCACGAACUGAGGGCUACACACCGAGUCGCGACACCGCCAAAGGUAACGUUCGGGUUUUGAAACCACUUUACGCGAACAAUUACCGCAUGAACCGCUUCGACAUUCCGAAGGCCGGCUACAUCGUCCAUUGCUUGGCCAACGAGACGAUCUGCAAAGAGCCCGGUGGCCCCGAUGACAUGUUCGUUGAGCUCCAGAGUAUCGACAUAGGGCUCGAGCGGCGAGCUUUUGGUUCGGAGAAGCAUAUAGAUCCCAGUUUUACACGGCACAUGAACUUCAACGUUGGGAUGCACUACAAAUUCGCUGCUACGGGAAUACAAAAGUCUGUAUCAUUCGAAGAAGCAAAAGCUCAGGCAAUACGCGACGUCCGCACCCGGCUUAAUUGGAUGAUGGUACAAAUUCUCGCCCGAGAUCAAGAUAAGUCGAUUGCAGAAGUUGCAAAAGAGUGGAAGGAGAAAGAGUUCAACGAGGAAUUGAUUCUGGGUUAUUUCGAAGACCAGAGCAUCGGCUACCACGACGAUGGCGAGCCUGGUCUCGGUCCGAAUAUCGCGACCCUCAGCCUCGGUGAUAUCGGCACGAUGUCAAUCCGAAUGAAGGCCCUACAUUAUUGGGGCAGGACUAAGGCCGGCAUCUAUGACUAUCAACACCCUCCGAUACCCGGCUGCUUCAAGUACGAAGAGCGACUUGUUCGGCACACGGAGGUACUGCGUAAUGCUCCGGACAAAGGUAGCGAAAAAUACUUUAAGCAGGCUGCCAUCGAUAUCGGCCUCACCAAACAUAGCGAGAAGACACCCGUGGUCCUCGACAUGAUUCUUCGCCAUGGCGAUCAGGUGUUCAUGGUAGGAGCCGACAUCCAGACUUAUUACGAACACUCUGUGUCCCACGAAGGCCGAAUGCGCUUCGCAUUGACCUGUCGGACAAUCGAUCCCAGCUCGCUCAGGCCCACAGAUCUCCCGGAAUUCGAGGUGCGGCCGGACAUGGGUUAUUACGAUGGCUCCAAGCUGCCACUUCCACGCGACGCCGCUUCAAAUCCUAUUCCGAACGGUUGGAAGUGGGAAUUUGACGACGAAUACAUGAGUCAUGUGGGAGCGGUGGAAGAAAUGGCGGAAGAGGCCGAGGGCUUCGUCAAGUAUGACCGCGACGAUGAUCCUGGUCGAGGUGACGAGUGA